AUGGCCGCCGCCUCGAUAAUACAGAUCGCGCCGUGUGACGGCGUCUGCAACCGCCAGGCCAUCAACAGCCUCCGUGCCAUGCGCCGGGGCGACUGCUGCCUGUUCUACCACUCCGGCGCCGGCGCCGCCUCCCGUCACAUCGUCGGCGUCGUGGAGGUCGCCAGGGAGUGGUACGAGGGGGAGGGGGAGGCGGCGAGCGGUGGGGGAAUUUCGGCGGCUGGUGGCGCUCGGGAAGAUGAAGAUAGGCGAUGGCGUCCGCACGGUGGGGGAAUUUCGGCGUACGGUGGUGCGGAUGGCCCGAGGAGGUGGGUGAGCGCUCGCCGGCCGACGGAGUGGAGCGAAGCGGCAGCAGGCGCGCACACGCAGCGGGAGAACACUGCAGCGAGCGGGCGGCCGGCGGAGCGGAGGGCCGAUGGUGGCAAGCAAGCGCGUGGCCGGCGGAGCGGCGGGCGAGCGAGCGGCCGCGAGCCAGCCGCCGGACCUUCUCUCUCUCUCGUCGCCCCGCUGACCUCCUCUCGACCCGCCGGCCUCCUCCCUUGUCCAGCGUCGCCGCCGUCACACCGCGUCGCCUGUCACCGACCGCCGUCGCACGUUCGUCUCCACGUUCGUCGUUGGGGCCACUGCAGGGCCAGGUUGAACCAGCAGCCGGCGGCGACGCGGCCGUUCAGCGUGGCGGUGCGGGCGGGGCUGAAGGACACGCUCUUCCCCGAUGACCCGUUCCGCGGCUCGGCGGGAUGCCGCCCGCGCAGCGCGCGUGGUGGGUGGCGAGGUACUUCGUGCCGGCGCUGGACUGAGGUGCGGGGUACUCCGCGGCAAGCUUCUGGUACGACCUCCUCGCCGGUGUCACCAUCGCCAACCUCUCCAUCCCGUAGGGCAUCAGCUACGCCACCCUCGCCGGCAUCCCUCCGAUUUGUGCUUCGUGCCGCCGCUGGUGUACGCGGUGAUGGGGAGCUCGAGGAACCUCGGGGUGGGGCCGGUGGCCACGUCGUCGCUGCUGGUGGCGUCCAUCGUCGGCGGCAAGGUGAGGGCGUCCGACGACCCGCGGCUGUACACGCAGCUCGUCUUCGUGUCGGCCUUGUUCACCGGCGUCAUGUAGGCUACUCUUGGAUUCCUCAGGCUGAGGAUCCUGAUGGAUUUCAUGUCGCGGUCAGCAAUCACCGGGUUCAUGGGUGGCACGGCGGUCGUGAUCGUGCUGCAGCAGCUCAAGGGCUUCCUCGGCAUGACGCACUUCACCACCAGGAAGUCUCCACGUUCGUCUCCGCGUUCGUCGUCGGGGCCGUCGCGCUCAUCGCCGCGGCGUUCGCCAUCCCUCCUGCAACGUCGGGCACGCCAUUGCCGAGCGCGCGGAGCGUGACGGCGGCCAUAGACGGGGAGAGGCGGAGGCGGCCCGCGAGGCGGGAAAUCGCUGGGGGAGAAGUGGGACCCGCGGCGGCGGCUAGGACGCGGAAGUGGAGGAGGAGCGCGAGCACCGGGAGGGAGGCGCGGCGCAGCGUGGAGAGAGGAGAAAAGCGUGCGAGAGAGAGGGGAGGGGAAAGAGAGGAUGAUGAUGUGGCCACGCUAACAUGUGGGGCCCACGUGGGUCUCACGUUGACUCAGCUGACACGUAGGAUAAAACCGGGGUCAAAACCACCAAAGAACCUAAAUUGAACGGUUUUUGCAAGUUGUGAACGGUUUUUGCGGUUGGGGGACGAUUUUGUAACUGGAUGACAAGUUGAGGGACCUUCGGUGUACUUUUUCCUUUUUGGGCUGGAAUGAUAGGCUUUGUCUGACCAGGCCCGUCUAUUGUGUAUUUGGAGCGGCCCGACUAACUUAAAUUCUGGGCUGGAAUGGUUGGCAACUCAUGUAAGAAACACUGCGUGUAUUUUCCCAUUGGGACCACC